UGAGACAGUUAAAAUAAAGUUGUUUAUUUCAUAUGUUUCUGUGAUAGAGAGAUGCUUAAUAAUUACAAAUUAAGUUGAUAAAAGUGUAAAAUUGAUUAAAAAACAUGUCUAAAAUAUGUGACAAAAUAUGGGUUUGUAAAGUGCUGUAAAGUUUGUAUGAGGUAGAGUUUGUAAUGGUCACAUGACCAGAGUUUGGUUGAGAGCGCAACCGUGGCACGGUGAAGCUAGCAUGGAUACAGAGCUACAGAUGCAUCUACAGUCGCAACGUUAAUGUCAUUCUGCAUGUGGUCCAAGAGGCGCACACGUUUUCACGGUGUCUGAAGACAAUAAGAGUGAGAGAGAGAGAGAGAGAAAUAAAUUUCCGAAGACAUCAGUAUGAUGCGUGGCCAUUCUUUGUUGGACCCCUGUAGUUACAGUGAAAACGUACCGCCAACGUGGCUGGAAGUUCGACGUUAGAAGCAAUGUAUGUUCCAGAAUAAGAAAAGAAGAAACGUUCUUGACGGCGCAGUGUGUGUGGUUCGAGAACACAGUGGAAAAGAGGCUUGCAAACUUAAAAAGAGGAAACACCAUUAUUGGCGCUUUGGACGGCAACGACCACGACUUCACCAAUAGAGGGCGACAUUGACCAUCAUAAACUACAGCUCUGCAACUCUCUGCCGCUGCACACAGCAAAAACUGUAUAAUCCCUGGCGGCCUUCAAGGAAAAGAUAACGGCUCUGCAGUCAGCGUCAGGUUGGGCUGUGAUAUAUGCACAACUGUUAGUAAAGUUUGGAGAGGUCUAUUAAAAUAAUAAUUUAUUUUGUAUGAGAAAUGUUUUGAGUUAAAGGUAACCAACCUGUCAUUAUAGCCAAACUGUUCCCUUUUAUUUUACAAGUGGUGUUGUUUAAAGUGUUCUAAUAAUGUUUAAGAGUUCAACUUAAAAGAAGACUAACAAGGGGUGUAGUUAAGCAAACUGUUGCAAGAAUCAGAUUGUAUUGAGAAUUAUAUGUUUGCCAGGAUCGCAUGUACAUAUAGCAACAACUUGUUUAUGCAGCAGGUUUGGUGAAACAUGUACAAUGUCAGUAAACACAGAAAAAUCACAUAUUGAAGAAUGCAGAGAACAAAUUGAUUCCCUUAAGGGAGAGCUGAGUAGAUUGAAUGAACAAUUGAAAUUACAGACUGAUGAUGUUGAAAGGGAGAAAUUGGAGUUACUCAUAGGUGAUAUUCAUGCUAAAAUAGAAAUCAAGCAGAAGCCUGCCUCUAAUACUUCAAGACUAGAGCCCAGGAAAUCCUCAAGGGAGCGAAAGUUAACGCCCAAAAUGCUAGAACUUAAGCAACAAGAGUUUUCUCAGAAGGAGAGUAAAUUUAUCAAACUAUAUGAAAACUGGAAAGAACAAGUUAAAGCUACACGUUCCAAACUUAAAGAAGAGUGCUCUGACCAGGAAUUAGCUGACAUGAUGGAUACUGUCGAAGGGCUGGAGACACAAGUGAAAAAUACAUACGAAGAUAUAAGAUCGCAGUCAGCCCCUUCUACUGAGACUAGAAGAAAAAUUGAUUCCUGCACAGCAGUUACAGCGGACUUGAUGAGAAUACUUAAAGUACGUAUGAGUGAAGUGGGGCAAGAAGAGUUUGAUGCUAAGGCAGAAAAUGCGAGACUUCACAUGGUGCUAGACAGAGAAUAUGCUCAGUCAAUAUUUGGGACUACAAUCUCCCGACCUUCUGUACGUAGCUACCGCUCAAGCUGUUUAUCGGAGCAGCAAAGCAUCAAUGCAAAAAGGGCAGAGUGUGCUGCACAGCUUGCCGCGAAGCAGGCCGAGAUAGAGAUGGAGGAGGCUAUUGCUACACAAAGGCAAGAGCUUAAAAGACUAGAAAAUCAGCGAGAUCUUCAGGUAAUAACUGCAAAGCUAAAGGCUUAUUCUCAAGCAGAUUCAAGUGAAGCCUGUGGAGAAGACAAAAGCGCACACAGUGAGGUAGUCAGUUGUCCUCCAUUAGCUCCUGAAGAAAUCAUACCAGAGCAAAACUACAAGAAUAAUAACAAUGAACAACCAAACAAUACUAACAAUGAGUCAUUGUUAAUGCAAGCCUUGCAUGACACAAUGGUCCUCACCAGACUUCCUGCACCUGAGCCCCCAGUCUUCUCAGGGGACCCACUUAAGUUCUUAGAGUGGAGCACUAGUUUCAAAGCUUUGAUAGAACGGCGAUGCACAAAUCCAGCUGACAGGUUGUUCUACCUAUGCAAAUACAUCAGUGGAGAAGCACGGUCUGUAUUGGAGGGAAGCUUUUACAGAAAAGAUGAUGAAGCAUAUGACCAAGCUUGGGAAGCUUUGAAUGCUCGGUAUGGCCACCCCUUUGUAAUUCAGCGUGCAUUUAGGGAAAAACUGAACAACUGGCCAAAGAUUGGUUCAAGAGAGUCGCUUAAACUGAGACAGUUCAGUGAUUUUCUGACAGCCUGCAGCAAUGCUAUGCCAUACAUCAAAGAACUGCAGGUGUUAAAUGACUGUGAAGAGAAUCAAAAUUGCUCCAAAACUUCCUGA